UGAGGCCGUAUAUGCAAAGAUAUAUGUGGGUGUUAGGGUGAGGAUGGGAGCGGGGGUGAGGCUCUGCUGCAGUUCACACGCAGCUUUCUGCGCCCUUGAAGGGAAGCAACCUUCGCAUUAACCCGGGGACGACGACGAGGAGGAGAAGAAGGGGAAGCGUUUCCAUUUGCAUUAUUUCCUCUGCUCUCUCUUUCCCACCCGGUGCAUCUGCAGCUGACGCCGGGACUGCGCGAGGACCAGAGAGAGAGAGGGGCGCGAGCGCCGGGACCGCGAGGCGCGGGCACUGGGGGAGGGAGGCGCGAGCGCCGGGCGACGGACGGACGGUUGGUGGCCGAGCGCGAGCGGCUUCCAUGGGCUGCGAGAAGGUGGCGGCCCCUCGCCGCUGAGAGCGCCGCCACCGCCACCGCCGCCACCCAUCCCUCUCUCCCUCAAUGCCGCACAGGAGGAGAUAGCGGCGGCGAAGAACAACGGUUGUUUUAAAAAUCGCCCACAUGCUCUGGAAUAACAGGAUCUGGGGAAAGCAGAGAGUGUUGAAGUUUUCUCAAUCAGUGUGCGGCUGUGUGGCGGGGGGAAGAUGGCGGACUGGAGGUGAUCGCAGAGGGCCGGGCUCGCAGUUAUCCUCUUCUCCCGGUGCUGCUGGGCGACGAGCCUUCUGCCGUCGGACACAUGCAGGCCAAAAAGCGUUACCUUCUGCUUGCAGCCGGCGCCUGUGUGCUGUUGCUCGGCUACCUGGCUGGGAGGCGUUUCGGGCAGCUGCCCCCGAGUAGGACGCAGAGCCGGCGUGGGGCGACGGAGCCGGACUCGCUGGCGGUCCGCGGCGGCUGGCGGGAGAGGGCCGACCCGCUGCAGACCUUCUGGGUGGGCGGCGAGCAGCAGGAGAACAGGGAAUACGCGCAGCGCGGCUCACCCCCCCAGCAGAAGCGGGAGAUCAGCAGAAGCGUGUACAAGGGCAAAAAAUGCCGCAUGCUCUCCUGCUUCGACUUCUCCCAGUGCCACAGGAACGGUUUCAAGGUCUACAUCUACCCGCAACAGAAAGGAGAAAAGAUGUCCGAAAGUUAUCAGAACAUAUUGGCAGCCAUCGAGAGCUCCAAGUUUUACACUUCGGACCCGAGGCAGGCUUGUCUAUUCGUUCUCAGUUUAGACACCUUAGACCGGGAUCAGCUUUCGCCUCAGUACGUGCACAACCUGAAAAGCAAAGUUCAGAGUCUGCACUUGUGGAACAAUGGCAGGAACCAUUUGAUUUUUAAUCUUUAUUCCGGAACCUGGCCCGAUUACACCGAGGACUUGAGCUUUGACAUCGGCCAGGCAAUGUUAGCCAAAGCCAGCAUCAGCACUGACAAUUUCAGGAGUAAUUUUGAUGUUUCUAUACCGCUGUUUUCGAAAGAUCACCCAAGGACUGGAGGAGAGAAGGGUUACAUGCUUUUCAAGAAUAUCCCUCCCCUGACAAAGUACCUGCUAGUAUUUAAAGGGAAAAGGUAUUUGACUGGGAUAGGCUCUGAUACCAGGAAUGCCUUGCACCAUGUCCAUAAUGCUGAAGACAUUAUCCUCUUAACCACUUGUAAGCAUGGAAAAGACUGGCAGAAACAUAAGGACGCCCGUUGUGACCAGGACAACGAUGAGUAUGAAAGGUAUGAUUAUCGUGAACUAUUGCACAAUUCCACCUUCUGUUUGGUUCCCAGGGGUCGUAGACUGGGAUCUUUCCGAUUUCUGGAGGCUUUGCAGGCUGCAUGUAUUCCAGUGAUGUUAAGUAAUGGCUGGGAACUACCAUUUUCAGAAGUUAUUGACUGGAACCAAGCUGUUGUCAUUGGAGAUGAAAGGUUGCUGCUGCAGAUUCCUUCUACUGUAAGAUCUAUUAAUCAGAACAAAAUCUUAGCACUUAGGCAGCAGACACAGUUCCUAUGGGAUGCUUAUUUUUCUUCAGUCGAGAGGAUAGUGUUGACCACAUUAGAAAUAAUUCAAGACAGAGUUUUUAACCAUAUGUCUCGCAAUGGCUUAAUGUGGAAUAAACCUCCAGGGGCAUUAUUCAGUCAGCCACAGUAUUCAGCACAUUUAGGAGAUUUUCCUUUUUAUUAUUCUUAUCUAGGUACAUCGCCUUCAACCAAGUUUACUGCCGUUAUCCAUGCAGUGACUCCGCUGGUUUCGCAGUCACAGCCAAUAUUAAAACUUCUGCUGGCAGUAGCUAAGAGUCAAUAUUGUGCACAGGUUAUUGUGUUAUGGAACUGUGACAAACCUUUACCAGCCAAACACCGUUGGCCCUCCACUGCUGUACCUGUACUGGUAAUUGAAGGAGAAAAUAAAGUUAUGAGCAGCCGUUUUCUUCCAUAUGAUGCAAUUCAUACACAUGCAGUUCUUAGCCUUGAUGAAGAUACUGUUCUUUCCACUACGGAGGUAGAUUUUGCCUUCACUGUGUGGCAAAGUUUCCCUGAGAGAAUUGUGGGAUACCCAGCUCGCAGUCAUUUCUGGGACAACACAAAGGAAAGAUGGGGUUACACAUCUAAAUGGACGAAUGAUUACUCCAUGGUCUUAACAGGUGCUGCAAUCUAUCACAGGUACUAUCAUUAUCUGUACACUCAUUACUUGCCUGCCAGUUUAAAGAACAUGGUGGACCAAAUGGCCAACUGUGAAGAUAUUCUGAUGAACUUCUUGGUGUCAGCAGUCUCCAAGCUGCCACCUAUUAAAGUAACUCAGAAAAAGCAGUACAAAGAGACAAUGAUGCAGCAGUCGUCCAGAACUUCCAGAUGGGCUGAUCCUGACCACUUUGCUCAACGGCAAACAUGCAUGAAUACUUUUGCAAGUUGGUUUGGAUUUAUGCCUUUGAUCCACUCCCAGAUGAGACUAGACCCAGUUCUCUUCAAAGAUCAGGUGUCCAUAUUGCGAAAAAAGUAUCGGGAAAUUGAGCGACUCUAAGAAGCACAAAGCCAUUUCUUGUUGGACUGUGUUGGGAUUAAAGCCAUCCUCGGCUCAACAGGUAGCAAUCUGCACAAGAUAACUCUUGACUGUUGCCCUUCGAUGAAUCUGACGUACUCUUCCGACCCACAGAUAACUGUUAGCUUAUUGACUAAGUAUGAUCUGUGCAACAAAUAGAAUAUAACUUUAUCAUUUUAUCAAUCGGAGAGAUGGGAUUGAUAUCCUGUUAUGAGGAGUAUAUAUCAAAAGAAUCAUGAACAUAUAGUGAAGAUCAAUGAUUUUUUUUCAUCAGCACUGUGAAAAUCAAAGUGAAACACAAAUACUAUUCAAUUGUUCAGAAUAGUGUCUUAAAUUUUGGCCUGGACAUAACUUAAGGCCAACUAAAUACCACUUAAGCCAAGUAUGUAUUAGGAAAAGCAAACAAAUGUUUGGAAUGGGUGGCCAUCAGGCUUGUAUAGGAAUGGACACCAGGGCAUUCAUGACUAAUGAGCAUGUAAUUGGGUUUCACCAAUAAUGACUGCCAUGUUAACUAUUAGCAUGCAAAAACAAUUAUUUCAAAAAUUAUGCAUAUACACUAUCCACUACAGGAUACCCUUUACUGGUAUGUAGGAGAUCGGAGUUCCUCAGCAGUUCAGGGUGAUCUGCCACACAAAUACGUAUUGCUGGUUGAAAUGUGUGCAAAUGCCUGCAUGUUAACAUGCCUUACAGGUGAUGUGCUGUAUGGCUUUUAUAAGGUCAAUAGGCUGACCUCUGGAAUUAAAACAUUGGCUUUGCGUAUUUUAAAAUGAAUGGCACAUAUGGUGCUCAAGCAAGGGAUACCCCCUUGUUUCUAUAUAAAGUUCUAUUUUUUAAAUGGCAAGGCUAUGUUAGCCUUUGCUCACAGGUACUUGAAUGUCUGAAGACUUGAAGGAGUGUUGAGCGUGUGGCCUUUUAAUCACUUUAUUUUGGUUAAUAAUGGUUCAACCUAGUUUUUAUAUAUGUAAAUCACUUAUUUUAAAUAGAAAUUCCAGUUCAUCUUGUGUGCUGAAUCUCCGAUCAACAUUGUCACUUCAUAAUUAAGGGUGUGAAAAUGGGCCUUGUUACAAUGUACGUAAUCUUGUAUAUUUAUUUUGACAAUUGUGUAUAGUGUACGGUUACAAACUGACAAAGCAGUGUGGGAAUAAUUAGAUGGAUAACUGUAAAGCAAAACAAAAAUAUUUUGUAUAAGAUGUACAUUUGAGGUUUUCUAACAUUUCCAAUGUUUUCGUAGUGUAUCAUUGCUUUAUAUAUUAAAAAAAAAUUCCCAACUGGUUGGAAUGACAUGACUACACAUUAAUGGGAUUAAACCUACAAAGGAGUGGAAAGAAUACAAAGCCAUAUAUGUGAUUUACUGAAUUAGUUUGCAUAACAUGGUAGCUCCAUCAAAGAUAGCCGUUGUAUAGAUAGUAUCGCCAAAGACUUGUCUAUUUGUUGUGCAGGUGCUUUCAUUAAUUUAAUUGUAUUUUUAGAGCCAUUUGUAAGUAUGUUUGUACCAUUGAGCAUAUCUUAGAAUGGAUUUUUGUUUUAUCACUACAUUUCUGCUGCUUCCGUUAGUGUUUUUUUUAUACCUUGGGAGCAUUUGCACACUUCUUACUAGCUGCCAUUCUUUGUCUAAAUUUACCAUUGUACACUGGUGUAAUGUCACAAUUGUUACUGGUUCUGGUGAGAAUUCACAUGCUGAACUGCUGUAAUCCACAUUUGUAAUUUUAUUUUCCCAACGUGAUCUCCUCGUCAGUUGAUCCAUGGAAUUACUGUGCUGUCUUUUUUUAACUUUUGGGACUGAUUUAGAAGCGAGGUGCUAGCUAAAGGGGUUACUGCAAUAAAAUUUAUAAACAGAGCAGAGUUUAAAGUUGCUAAAGAAAAGCUUAGUCAAAAAUUGAGGGAAAAUAAAUCUGCUUUAGAUGUUGAGCCCCAGGAUCAAUGUACUUGUUACCUUUUAACUAUCAAAGUUUUUAAAUUAUUUACUGUGCAUUUUCUCCAAAUUUUCAAUUACGAGUGACUGCGGUAUAAAGUCAUACGCAGUUGAAGAAAUUCCAGAAAAUUAAUCAUUUUUAAAACUAGUGCUGAAACUAAUUUUUAUUUGAAAGCAGUAGAUUAAAUGACUCAAAUCUUAAACUUAGGUUUAGAAUGUUAUGCUACUGCGUUUAAGGAGUGAAUGUUCAUCAGCAUACCUGUUAAAGUGGGUUGAUGUUGCUAUGACUAAGUUUUGAAUACAUUCUUUGUGAAAAAAUAUUCAAAUAUUAAAACAAAAUACUUGCAUUUACGUAGGGUUUACUCAUCACUUUGUGGAUAUCCUACAGUGCUUUUAAAGUACUUUUGAAAUAUAAUCAAUUUGCACACAUCAAGCUUUCAAAAACAGCUUUGUGUUAAUCACCAGAUAAACUGUAUUUGUAAUUAGGAGUGAGGAAAAAAUAAGUGCCGUGGAUUUUUUAAUAUCCACCCCACCUUUUAAAUCAGUUAAAAUAUGAACAAAUAAAUGACUUCCUCCAGUCAUUGUAGAAGGAUUAAAUUUUAAGCUCUGGUGGUGGGCUGUGGAUUUUUUUUAAAUGAUUGCUUAAAUUUGCUCUGAACUGCAGGCGAACGUUCAGUCUUGAACCUGAAUCAUUAAAGAAGGUGCACAGAAAGCUGAAAUUGUAUCUCUCUCUGAAGCCACUCCAGUUACAUAAAAGAUAUUUGAAAUUUACAUAGGACAGACAGAAAACAUUUCUGUAAACCUUGGGUCCAAUCCUGUCCUGUUUUCACAUCUAACCUUGAGACAGAAUAGGAUGUAUCAGGGAGAUUCAGAAUGUUAUGUUUCUCUUCCCUAAGAUGCCGCAUUUGCUUUGGGAGCACUGGAAUCAUGAUUAAGUGAUUUAUUGACAUUCCUGGAUAGUUCUCCAUACAGUCUCAAGGGUACAGGCUCUAAAACUGCAUUUUUAUUUGUUUAUUACUUUUGCCUCUUGAUGAGUUUGCACCACACUUGACCUAUUCCAUUACCCCUGGAAACCCAUCAUGCCCAAUGUUUCCAGCUCUGUAAUUAGUAUUGUGUUGGUUCAUUUCAUAUACAUAAAUGAUUUUUUUUUAACUUAGAUAAAUGGAAAUUUUGUAAGAUUUUUUUGUUAAAAAUAAAUGAUAUUUGAUAAUA